GGUGCAAAAAGCAUGUUGUUGGUUUGGCUUGACUUUAUAAAUUAAUAGGUUACAACGAAAAGGCGAACAUUUAUAAACACUACAAAGUGCCGAACUCCCUGGUUUGCCUGCCAUUUACAAGAAACAGGACGCUUGGUGUUCUUUAGCCUAUUUCGUCCUUGGAACCUGACCAAUCCUUUCUUAACCUUGAUUCGACCUUCUGGUAAGGAUGUUGUCCUAUAUAUCCCUGUGGUUCCGUCUUCAUCCCACUUGUGUUGAAAUCCCAUCAUGCUUGCUUGCUGUGCGUUGACGCUACAUAUCAGACUUUUGACACUUUACACGUGUUAAGUAGUUAUUGCCUUAGCUUCUCUUCUCCGAUGUCCGAAUAUGCGUGCCACCCUAGUAAUAAUUGGUUGGAUAAUUGUGGGUUCAGAUAUGAAGAUACUGUUUUUGACCUUGAAAGUGAGAGACGUCUGAGUUCUACCCAAAAUGCUGCAAAAUUCCAUUUACCUUACUCGCUCCACGAAGCAUCGAUUAAAGGGUUUCUUCCGACCUUCGCUAAAAGAACUUUUCAGUGUCGAGCAUUGCCGACAUCUUGGUUGUGGACUUUAGAGUCUCGCCAUGGUGUUUAUUGUGGCAUAUUCCAUACAUCUUCCAAUCUCUUUUUUAGUGGCUCCCAUGAUGGUGUACAUGUAUUCGAUUACUCAUCUAGAUACCUCCGUCUUUUGGAGGCAAUUCGCUGUCCGGAUUCUCACUGGGCUGUGGUCUCUCUUAACCUGAGUCCGGAUGAUCGUCAUCUUGUGUACAGUGUACUUUCCAAUCAUGUCCAUCUCGUGAACAUUACUGGAACACACUUCAUAGACCAAACAAUCGAUAUUGGGGAUUUAUCUGGCCAAACUUACAGUGUAUGCUUCAACGGAGCUGGGACUCAUCUCAUCGCUGGACAGGAGAAUGGAAACUUGAGUCUCUGCGACAUCGAAACAGGUUCGUGGAGCAGUAUUCUAGCUUCCCCCUCCAGACAAGACAUCAAUGCUGUGGCCACAGUAGACCCAGCCGGUCAAGUCAUUAUUGCUGCUGGAGAUGAUACAAAUAUUCGCGUGAGUGUGCUGUCCCGGAGGGAAAUUUCGGUGCCACUUUUUCUCAUGCAAUUCUUUCCUCACAUAUCACGAUGGAAACAUAAUUUUUACCAUCUUUUUUCACAUUACGCGUCGCUCUCUAGUUAG